AGCGCCUCGACCAGCUGGAGCUCAGGGUUGAAGCUUUUCGUGAUGCAGCAUCUGCUAUGGAACAAGAAAAGGAAAUCUUGCUAGAAAUGAUUCACAGUAUACAGAACAGCCAAGAUAUGAGAAACAUCAGUGAAGGUGAAAGAGAAGAACUUAAUCUGACUGCCAGUCGUCUGAUGGGCCGAACCCUGACUGUUGAGGUGUCUGUGGAAACUAUAAGAAAUCCACAGCAGCAGGAAUCCCUAUCACAUGCUACAAGGAUGAUUGAUGAAAUAGUCGAUAAACUUCUGAAUGAUUUGGAAGAUUCCAGAAGCCAUUUAAUGACGCUUUAUGGUGCAUGUACAUCUGAUAUACCAUCUGUACCUAUUGAUCAGAAAUUUCAGUCUGUUGUUAUUGGAUGUGCUAUUGAAGAUCAGAAGAAAAUCAAAAGGAGACUAGAGACUCUGCUUAGGCAUAUUGAAAACUCUGACAAGUCAAUCACAUUGUUAGAGCAUCCAAAAUCAACCCAACAGCCCUGUAACAAUAAACAGGAUUAAAACAACUCUAGCUCCCAUUUUGACAGAUAAAAAUUAAGUCUCUAUACAAAGCAUACAGAAAGCUAAAAACAUUUACUUUUAAAACACUAAACUAACAGUACUUUUGGGCACAAACAUUUAAUAGAUGUUGGUAACAGUGUCUUAGAUAACACCAAGAAAGAAGAUACUUUUCUUUUGAAAUGAAAAAUCCAAGAUCUAAGAAUUCUGUUGAGCUUGCGCCUGUAGCUUAAACAUCAUUGGUACUGCUACUGCAAACGGUGACACGCAUCUGCUAAACUAAAGCUAGUCAGAAUCAAGCCUUUUCUUUUUCUCCUAACUUCUUACAAACUUGAAUUUCUUUGUCAUGUAUUGAAAUUUAACCUAGCAAAAUUUGCUGUUGGUGAAUUCACUGUGCAUGAACCUGCUUUAUGGGGGAAAAACAAGUCACUGCAGUAAACCAGAAAAAAGGUUGAGCUGCAGCACAGCAUGCUUCUCUGUAAUGAGUAUAACAUAGUGCUAAUUAAAAGUUGAUGCAUCUUAUCAGUAGAUCAGGAUGCUUUAUAGAAAAGGCUAAGUAUCCUCCCCGAUUUACAGCUGGAGAAAAGAGCAGUGAAAUAACCCAUCUCACACAGUAGACAGAGGAUACAAGCAAGCUCUGUUCACUCUCAAUUCUACACCAAGUUCACUGGACCAUGUUGCCUCCUAGAGUGUCUUAUAACUAAUGUUAAUUGUGAAGUUUCUGUGGUUUGAUGUCAAAAUAACUUCUAAGAAGAAUGUGUGUUCUAUAAACUGAUUUUUGUGCAGCAAA